UGAUUUUGCAUUUCUGGGUAGGGGGCAUGUUUGUACAGAUCCUUUGUCAGCUCCUGCACACUGCUUUGUAUGGCUCUGCACAGCAGAGCCAUACAAAGCAGUAUGCUGACACAGUGAAACACACACCGCACACAGUUAACCCUUUGAUCACCCCAGAUGUUACCCCUUCCUGCCCAGUGUCAUUAGUACAGUGCCAGUGCUUUUUAAUAGCAUUGAUCACUGUAUUGGUGUCACUAGGGAUGUCAGUGACACCAAGUCAGUUCCCCCCUCCAGUGUCAAUGCCUGCCGCAGUCCCACAA